AUGUCCAACUCAUUCAUUGGCUUUGAUACACCUCUUGCACACGGACAGCCCCUACCUGAUCAGCAUCGUACGGAUUCAUAUGUAGAACUUCAAAAAUGGUUUGAAGAAAAACAAACAUCUUCCUUCAUCAAUGUCCAUAUGUUACAACCUCUUCUUAAUACCUCGUCCGGUCAAAUUCCUUCACCUUUUCUUCUUUCUGCCUAUGGUAUUGCCGGUACUUACACUGCUGAAGAUGUACUUAAUCGCUGGCUUUGGAUAUACGAAGAAACCAAGAAAAAAUGCAUUCGAAUUAUCGGUUUUUCAACCGACUGUGAUAGUCGUUAUCUUCGAAGUAUGAGAAUAGCCAGCGGUUUCUUCGCAUUCGACAUUGAUCAUCCGUUCAGAUAUCAUACUGAUGCUUUCAAAGUAAAUAUUCCUUCUCAUUGGCAUUGGUUCUACCUUCAAUCUUCGCAAUUAUGCUUAUUUAUACAAGUGAGCGCUUAA